AUCGUCUCGGCUAUGUUCACUGGUACAUACACAUCCCAAGUUUUCUUUAUUGAGUAAAAUGGCGACAAUUUUUUCUUGCUAAGUGAAUUACUAAAGUUUUUGCCUAUUAGAAGUACAAGUAAAAAAUCGUUAUCUUAUUUCGAUUAUCUGCAAUCAAUAAAGGAUUUCGGGUUUUAAUUUUGCACACGAAAGUGCAACUUUUUCGUAUUCAUAUAUCCUAAAAGACGUAAGAAAAUUUUGACUGUGCUGAAGAGAAAAGUUUUCAUCGAGUGAAAAAUGUGGAAUCAGUGGUCUCAGUAUGCAGGCGUUGUUCAAUCUCAACCGCCUCUACCAAUGACUGCAGCUCCUCCACCACCACCAAGUGAACCAAGCCAGACUGCGGCUCCACCACCUCCGGGACCUACAGCUAAUGCUCCGUUGAUUGGUCCUGUAACGGCCGCAGCAGCAGCGGCAGUAUCUUCAGUUCCGACGGUAGCUGCCGCAGCGGCAGUACCAAAUGCUGCCUCAAAUCCUUACUCCCAAUAUACAGCAGCUCAGUAUGCAGCAUUGACGCCAGAACAACAAUAUACAUUGCAACAACACUGGCAACAAUGGCAAAAAUAUCAAGAAGAAUAUGCAAAGUGGCAUGCUCAGUAUGGAGAACAGUAUAAACGGGAGAUGGAAGCUGCUGUAGCACCAGCUCCCACAUCAGUACCAGCACAAUCUACGGUACCUACUGCUGCAAAUUAUCCGGCAUUUGUUGGACCUAUGCCUCCAACAACAGCAGUUCAGCCGCCUGUGGAUUCGAAGGCUGCAGCGCCGGCUACAAAAAUAACCGGGCAGCCGCAACUGUAUAGCCAACCACCUCCUCAAAUUGGCCCUGUUAAUCAAUAUUCAUCUGUUAGCUCCGCAGCACCAUUACCGCAACAACAGCCGCCACCACCACCACCAUCGUCUGCACAACCGUCUUAUCAGCAGCAGACGCAAUCACAACAAUCGGUUCCGUGGCAGGGUAAUCAAUCCUUCUUUAACCAACCACCACCAAAUUUUUCUUCGAGAAACGUACCAAAUAAUUUUCAAAAUGCCAACAGUCCUAAUAUGAAUAAACCAAACCAAUGGCAAUCAGGACCACCGCCGUUCGGAAAUCUACCACCAACAAAUGAACCAUUUAAGGCCAAUAUGAGUGGUGGAGGAGGUUUUAAUGAUACUCUGAACAACCCACGACAAAAUCUUGAUAAUAAUGACUCGAAUGAAUGGAAUAGAGGUCCUUCCAAUAAUCGCGGUGGCUUCGGUAACGACAAUAUGAAUAGAGGUGGUGGUAGAUCAGGUCCAAAUAAUGAAAACGAGCAAUAUGGGGGCAGAUCGGGUCCGCCAGAUGGUCCCCCAAAUCGUGGAAACUUUAGCGAUUGGCAAAAGGGAGGAAAUUCCCGUGGUGGUGACGACGACUGGAACAUUGAGAACAGAGGUCGUGGAGGCAAAGAUGUCUCAGAUGAAUGGAAUAAUCGCAAUCGUAGUCGAAGCAAUGAUCGCGAUAAUUGGCGCGGUGGUCAGCCAAUGCGAGGAGACGAUGAUGGUCCAUGGUCUGGUAGACCUCGUGAUAAUGGUCCGAAUAACAAUCGUGAAUGGAAUGAUAAACCAAAUGAUCUUCCAAACGAUUGGAGGGAUGGUCCUAACAAUCGCAAUCAGAAUUUUAAUAAUCGUAACAACUUUAAUUCGCGAGAAUUCGGUAAUAAUGAUAUUGACGAUGGUCGUGCUCGGGAUAUGGGCAGAAAUCGAGACCGCGAUGGAGAUUUUGAAUCGGACAAUCGCAACAGCAACAAUAGGUACAGUGGAGGUUGGAACGAUGGACCCAACGAUGGCGGUCGCAUGAACAGAUCGAACGAUUGGAAUGAUAGCCGUGGCAAUAACAGAUCAAAUAACUGGGGCGACAAUAACCGAGGUCAAAACAAUUGGUCUGAUCGUUCUGGUAAUAAUAACUGGAAUGGUGGUCGGCCCAAUUUCGGGCCAAAUAAUAACAAUCAACAAUUCGGUCCGCAGGGAGGAAGUAAUUCCCGCGGUGGCGCAGUACCAGAUAUUGAUGAAGAAAAGUUUGACCGUCAAUUUAAGCAGUGGGAGGAGCAGUUCGAAGAUUGGAAACGGGCAAAUGCAAAUCAUCCGGAUCGGGAAAUGUAUAAGCGAUAUGAGCAGGAAUUUGAGAAGCAACGCACGCGCAUUAUGGAAAGACGCGAGCAGAUGCGACGCCGCAAAAUGGAACGCAUGGGCUUAGAUCCGAACCAACCGCCGCCAACCACUACAGCAAAUAGUAAGGAUAAUAUGCCUUCUGGUCGCGAUGGCAACGAAAGCGAUAAAAGCAGAGAUUCCUCAAGAAAUCGAGAUUUGCCUCGAAAAAACUCGAGGGAUUUAUCGAAAAAUCGCGAUUUACAGUCAAAGGGGCGUACCGAUGCUUUUGCAGAAUCGGGUAGUACCGUUGCCGAAGAUACAAAAUCUCAAGCAUGCGAAGAUGUUAAAAAAGACGACGCUCAUAUUGAUAAACCCAAGGACAGCGAAGACCUUCAAGAGGAAAUGGAAGCCUCCAAAAAGAAUAAAACUAACGCUCCAGUAUCGAUUAAAUUCAAUGUACAAAAAUCAACACCUCUGGGAAAACGUAAGUCACGUUUUGAUACUGCUGGCGGUCCUACGCCAAACAAAGUAAAGACACCUCCAGGGAAGUCUGAGGGUAGUGGCGAAAAUCCCACAGAAAUUAUUAAUCUGGACGACGAUGAUGACGAUGUUGUGGAUACAAGUCCAGUCAUCAAUCCGCCCAGUGAAAAUAUUACAGAAAUAUUUAAGAAAUCAGAUGGAAUUCCAGGUCUGGAUCUAGUAGAAGAUGGUGCUGCGGCGAUUGGUGGAAAGGAGGACAAAGUCAAACCGGAGUCCGAAGGUACUUCUAAUAAAUCGAAAGAGCAGGGAAAAAUACCAUCACUUUUUGACAUCAAAAUUAAUAAACCCGAUAUGAAGGUGUCACCGGCAAUCCCCGACAUUUCGAAGACACUCAACGACCCCGAGUUUAUGAAAAAGAUUUCGGAGGCAUUGGCUAAAGCUCAAGGCAAAGGUGACAGCCAACAACUGCAACAGCAGUAUCAAAUCGAUGACAUGAAGGAUGCUGGUGGACGUCCAUUGUCAUAUGCUGAAUGGCAACGCAAGAAGCAGCUACAACUAGAUCAUCCUGACUCGAACUUUGAUAACGAAAAUUCAAAUCAAUCAAAUGAUAAUAUGGCCAGUGAUAGAAUGUCGAUAGCUAAGUCGCAAAUAGAAGACGAGAUCUCAAAUGCUAGCUAUGAUCGCUCAUCGAGAUUUAAUGAUGAUGGAGAAGAUCGUAAUAUGGGUGACAACAGCUUUGGACCAAACAACCGAGGUGGUCCAAACGAGUGGGGUCCAGGAGGCCCGAAUGGUAACUGGGGACCCAACGAUGGACCGUGGCCAAAUAACAAUUUCAAUAACAGAGGAGGACCCAACUGGGGUCCCAAUGGUCCCAACAAUAACUGGGGACCCAACAAUGCUGGAGGAGGUAAUAAUUGGGGACCUGACGGUGGUCGUAACAUUUGGGGCCCCAACGGAGGAGGCAAUGGUCCCAACAAUUGGGGUAACAAUAAUGGGCCGAAUGGUCCAAAUGGUCCCAACAACUGGGGACCGAAUAAUCGUGGUGGUCCAAACAACUGGGGACCAAAUAAUCGUGGUGGCCCAAAUAACUGGGGACCCAAUGGACCUAAUAGCGGAGGCGGCGGCGGCGGUCCUUGGGGAAACAACAAUGGACCUUGGGCGAACAAUGGUGGCGGCGGCGGUGGUCCCAAUAAUAACGGACCAUUUGGUAAUAACAACAAUGGCCCUUGGGGCAACAAUAAUAACAGGUCUUGGGGAAACAACGGUGGCGGAGGUGGUGGACCCAGCAAUUGGGGCCCAAAUAAUAAUAAUAAUAAUUUUGGCCCCAACUUUAGAGGAGGACCUAAUAAUCGUAAUUUCGGCCCCAACGGUCCUAAUGGACCAAACAACUUUGGCCCCAAUGGACCUAACAACUUCAGCUUUGGCCCCAACUCAAACUUUGGCCCCAAUGGACCGAACCUUGGUCCCAAUGGUCCCAACAAUUCAAACUUCGGGCCAAAUGGUCCCAAAGGCGAAAGUAAAUUUGGUCCGAACAACCGCAAUUUUGGACCCAACACCAACGAACCAGGUAGAAAUUUCGGCUGCGAUGGCCCACAAAAUCAACAAGAUUCUGAUAAUUCGAAUUCAGCUCAAGCUCCACGAAACACCAACAAUCCAUUCCGGCGAAAUGAGAGCAUUAAAGCCCCCUCUCUGGAUGGCGGCAGCAGCUGUGGCGGCAACUCACCCAGGCCAAGGAUGAAAGGACCUGGUGAUAAUCUUGAUUACGGUGAUUACUUUCGGCCAGUACAAGUAAUUGACUAUACAAACAAUGCUAGCGGUGCAACAAAAGUCAUCGAUUACGGGCAUAGGCCAGUCGCCGAAGAGUUUAAACCGGUCAAGGUAUUCAAUUAUGACCAUGCACCUAAGCCCAUUGAACGUAUGAAUCAAAUGCAACAAGGGGAGCAGAAUAAGAAGAAGACACGCCGUGGCGGCAAGAACCGAAAAAAUUGGAAACAGCAGGAACGGCAACAGCAACAAGAUAGGCAAACUGAGUCCUCCUCGCAAGCACAGCUAGCAAUUGGAUCUAAUGAGAACAAUGAACAAAAAGAGGAUCAACAUCCCAAUGAUGCUGAUAACACACAGGUUGGUGAUAAUAGGGAAGAACUAGAAGACAUUUCCGAUACUGAUGACUUGCCUGAUCAGAUGGAGGAAAGCAAAAAUGAAGAUAAUCCAGCAGCACCACCACCACCCAUGUAUAGCUCGCGACGGGGUGAUCGAGCAUUUAAGCAAUCAGAGCAACACCAUUCCUCUUCCACUUCGUCCAUAUUCCCCUCCACGGCGGAGGCUAAUGAGAAUAUUACAAAAAUGACCGUGGAUCAUGUGCAAAUGUCUAUACCCACUGUGGAAAAUAAUAAUACUAUAGCCAUCGAAGAGAUUUUAUUGCCACCUGGUCGUGAGACAAGACCAAAAAAAAUUUGCAUAAUUUUGCGAGGACCACCCGGCAGUGGUAAAUCGUAUGUGGCAAAACUGAUUAAGGAAAAAGAGAAGGAAAUGAGCGGUAAUAAUCCUCGUGUCUUAAGUAUUGAUGACUAUUUUCUCAUUGAAAAUGACUAUGAAGAAAAGUGUCCCAAAACAGGCAAAAAGAUACCCAAAAAGGAGAUACUCUAUGAAUAUGAUAAAGAUAUGGAAGAAACCUAUAUGCAAUAUUUAAUUAAAUCCUUCAAAAAGACGAUUCUUGACAAUUUCUAUGAUUUCAUUGUCAUUGACUGUAAUAACAAUUCAUUAAGGACAUUAAAUGAAUUUUAUUGUCAUGCUAAAGAUUCAGGAUAUGUGCCCUAUAUUAUCGAUUUACUUUGUGAUCUGGAUGUCUGUUUGGAAAAUAACGUACACGAACGCACAGAGGCGGACAUCAAGGAGGUUAUUGACAACUGGAAGCCAACGCCUUUUCAUUAUAUAAAACUAGAUGUGGCCAAUUUGGUGCAAAACGUUGUGGAAAUGGAAGAUGUGGAGGAUAUGCCCGUGGAUGAGAAUACGGUGAGUGAAAAUGCCGAAACAUUAAGUCAAACGGCGGAUGAAACUGACAAAGAAACUGCAACAACGUCAGCGGCGGCAACGGCAGCAGUGGAUGGGGAAAAUGUCAAAGACACCCAGGAGGCUGAUGACGACCAAGAAGAGGCUGAAGACGACAGUAAUGAUUCCACAGAAAAUAAAUGUGGCUUCUUAAAAAGUAAAUGGGAAACGGAUACAACGACCGAGAAUUUAGCUCGGUUAGAUGGUACCAGCAAAUUGAAUACAAAGCGUAAGCAAACCAUGGAGGAAUACCUGCAGAUGGACGAUUGGCAGCCUAUUCAAAGCAAUAGCAAAGGCAAAAAGAGGGUUCGCUGGGCUGAUAUUGAAGAAAAAAGGCAACAAGAAAAAAUGCGCGCCGUAGGCUUCGUUGUUGGUCAAACUGACUGGAAGCGUAUGAUGGAUCCAUAUGCGGCUAAGCGUGCCCUUAACAAAAUGAAGUACAUUGAACGUGUUAACAAACAGAGGCGCUAAGGGCCAAGUGCAAGGCUUUCGCAUUCUUGCCGAUGACCUGUUUAUACACUCAACUCAUCUAAUGCAUCCCGUAGUUCCAACCAUUGUUAGAUUUUUAAAGGAAUAGAACAAAAGUAUGGAUUUUAACUUUUUAUUUGUUUUCAUUUAUACAUUUUGCUCAAGCUAUUUAUAAAUAAAAUUAAAAAAUAAAAAAUUUUCAAUAUCGAAAAUUAAGUAAUUAAACGAUAUAAUUAUAAAUUUUAAAGAGAAUUUAAAUUAAAUAAAUUGUGAAUUACUGAAUAUGCAUACAUAAAUAAAAAUAUUGCAAAAGUGUUCAAUAAAUACCUGUGUUCAGACGCGAUUCAAACUAUGAAGUUUUACUAUACGCACUUUUUCAUUUGACACGAGUGCGAUCAGGUACGCUUCUGAAUUUCAUUGGACUCUAUACAAACCAUUUGUUUACUUUACUGAA